ACACACAGCUGGGGCGCCACGUGUGACCGGCCUCUGAGUCAGGAGCGGGACCCGCGCGGAGUUGGACACCGCACGGAGCGCGAGCCGGCUGGGGUGACCGCGGCGCCGGCGGUGACGUCACAGCAGCUGCCGUCGGUGAUUGGACGUGCUCGGUCGCCGGCGGCGGCACGGAGCGUCCAGCGGCGGCGCCUCGGCGGCCGCCAGUCUUCCAGCGGAGCGGGUGUUGGGUAGGCCGUGCCGGCUGUCUUUGUUUCUGCACAGAGACGCGGCUUCAGGCCAACCAGCGACGGCGCCAUGGGACGGAAACAGCAGGGAAGCCGGCCGACCAAGCGCGAUGUCUGCAUGGGCUGUGCGCUCGUCAGUGGCCUUCUGUUCCUAGUGUUCGGUGUUCUCGUCGUAAUAUACAUGCAAGCUCAUGUCGACGCCUAUAUCAAUAAGUUGUUAGCGUUCAGUGAAGACUCGCCCACGUAUCAUGCGUGGAAGGAGCCGCCAGUAGCCAUUAAGACAAAGUUGUAUUUUUUCAACCUCACCAAUAAAGAAGAGUUCCUGGCAGGUACUGCGAAACCCAGGUUGCAAGAAGUCGGACCAUAUGUGCUCGGUGAGAAGUGGGACCGGAAGAAUGUCACGUUCCACCCUAACGGCACGCUGUCCUCCCAGCUGGCCAAGACGCUGUACCUCAUCGAGGAGGAGUCAGUCGGACCUGAGACGGACCUCAUCACCACACUCAACGUGCCCAUGAUCUCAGCGGCGGCCAAGGUGCGAUACGAGAAGGACACGAUGCGCCAGACCACCUCCGGUCUGCUCGAGGUGCUCGAGGAGUACCCCAUCAUCGUGCGCUCGGUGCACGAGCUCGUCUUUGGCUACCCCGACCCGCUGGUCAAGCUGGCCAAAAACGUGCAGCCGCCCGGCCAGAGCCUGCCCUACGAGAGCUUCGGCUACUUCGUCGGGAAAAACGCCUCGGCCGGCCCGCCGAUGCUCAUCAACACCGGCCAGUCGGACUUCCGCAAGAUCGGCGUCAUCGAGCGGUACGAUGGCUCACGGCUGCUGCCCUUCUGGAACACGCGUCAGUGCAACAUGAUCAACGGCAGCGACGGCACCGUGUACCCGCCGGGUGCCAACGAGUCGACCAUCGUGUACCUGUUCGCGCGCGACAUCUGCCGCAGCAUGGCGCUCCACUUUGAGAAGGAGGUGCUGCACAGCGGCGUCCGCGCGCUCCGCUUCACGCCGCCCGAGAAUGUGUUCGACAGUGUGGACACGAACCCGGAGAACAUGUGCUACUGCGUCGGCGGACCGCCCUGCGCGCCCAAGGGACUCUUCAAUAUCUCCGUCUGCCAGUAUGGUUCGCCAACGUUUAUAUCAUUCCCGCACUUCUACCUCGCCGAUCCGUCCAUCGUCAACAAGGUGGACGGCCUGAUGCCCAGCAAGGACAAGCAUCAGUUCUUCGUGGAUAUUGUGCCGCGUGUGGGUGUCUCGAUGAAGGCCAAGAUUCGUGUGCAGAUCAACACGCAGAUCGGCCCGGUGCCCGACAUUGAGUACACCGAGAACCUGCCCGACAUGUUCUACCCGGUCCUCUGGAUGGAGGCGGGCGUGGACGAGCUGCCGGACGAGACGGUGGCCAUGGUGAAACAGGCCACCGACACGCCCGAGGUGGCGCGCACUACCAUGACGGCUGUCACCUUCGUGCUCGGCGCCGUGCUCGUGCUGAUCGGCGCCACCGUCUGCCUGACGCGCAUGCGACAGUCGCGGCGCGCCACACUCAACUCGGCGCCCAACGGCAAACCGGUGGAGAUGGCCGACGUCAACCCGACCAACGGCAGUGCCGGCAACGGCGCCGCCAAGCUGGCCGAGGCCGAGGCGCCGCCCUCCGUAUGAGGACGCGCCGUGCUCUCUUCCACAAACCGGGCCUUCGUCGGCGACGACGGCGUCUGCGACGGCGACCGGUCGGCGGCCGCGACGCCGGCGACGGUGACGCCGUCUCCGCUGGCGUCGCCGCUGCGGUGUCGGGUGUACGAGAUCGCCAAGCACCGCGCCAGUCUGGAGCCGAGCGUGGGCUCGGCGUCGGUGACGCUGCCGCCGACGCCGCGGCCGGCCUCGUCGGCGUCCGUCUCGGCGCCGCUCCGCUGCCGGGUGUACGAGGUGGCCAAGUACCGCGCCCAGCCGAUGCGCCCUGCGCCGCCCGCCGAGGGCGGUCCGCCGGCGCACGCCGCCACCGGCACGUCGUGAUAUUAAUCUAUUUUUAAUAUCGACGAAAUGAGUGCCUUGGAUUUUGAAGCGUGUACAAGAGUCUCGUCGAGGCGCCACAGGUCACAAGUACGACGCUCGUGGCGCCGCGCGCGCUCGCGCCGCGGCCGGAAGAGAAGAGAGCACGGACUCGGGUGUUGUUGGUGUGAGUGUGGCCUCCGGUGGCGGCGACGGGCGGCGGCGGACACGGGACGCUCUGAGAGACCGGCGGGGUCCGCGGCGGUCGGUGUGUGUAGGUGUGUGAGUGCUCUGUGAGUCUGUGCGGUGUGGGGACCGUGUGCCGCUGAGGACCCCGCUGACCGCCGCCCCGUCCGCCCCCUCCCGCCGCCGCGCCGCUCUGUACUGUUCCAUCUGGUGGCGGCCACUCCACUAACGGUAUCCGGGUCUGUGCAUGCCAUCUCUGAUCUCUCCACACGAGAACUGCUCAAACGUCGCGCGUACGUCGGCCUAGGAUGUAGCGCUGUGGGAACGGCUGGUGUCAACUGUAAUCGACGCUUCUGCUUCAUUUUCAGUCAACGAAGUUCCUCAGGAGAUGCGAAUUCUGGAUCGGUCUUAACUACUUACUUCACACCUUUCGGGUUUAUCUACAUUAAUUACCUAUCUCCGUUCUAAAGCUUCUAUUUUUGAUGUUUGCGACAUCCAAGAUGUCACCACUUCAGAUGCCUGAUGUGUUCUCCUUUCAGUGAGUAGGGACGCUCACUCCCAUUUGCAUUUUGUCACAAUCUUGUGGUACGGUGAGAGGCAUCAGUGUAACGGUGGCCUUCGCUCGAAACAAGUGUCUAGUUUUUAUAGCGCGGGCCAUGACUGUAUAUUUACAUCAUCAUUAUUGUGUUUACUGUGCUGCUGUGUAAUUGUACAAUGUACAUUCCAUUCGUAUCAACAGCGAAUAAACCGUGAACCUGCCA